GCGCGUCGACUCAAGUGGGGGGGACCCGCAAUCGCAAAGUCCACUUCUCCGUGCAAUCCCAUGACAUAUUGCGGGCCCGAGUCCCCUUAGUGUAUUUUUAGCCACCUCCCAUGCCCCACCGGCCCACCCGACCAUGGAGAACGGACGCGCCGCCAUCUCGACCAUCCUCUUCGACCUGGACAACACGCUCAUCGCCACGAGGAAGGCCGACAAGCAGACCUGCGCCCAGCUAGCGCAGAUCUUGUGGGAGAAAUGGGCGAUCCCUGUGGAUUUGGCGUCGGCGGCGUCGAAAGCGUAUUUGAGAGCGUUUAGGAAGUGUCCGGAGAACUUGUCGAUGAGUUUGGACGCCUGGAGGCGGCUGCUGUGGGCACAGGCUUUGGGGGAUCAGUAUAAUAAGUACGCUGGCGACGUUUACCAGACGUGGCUGCAGUUACGUUAUGACCAUCUCGCUCUAUCCAGCGACGUCAAAACCCUGUUACAAAAACUGCGCCAGCACUACUUCGUUGGUUUGAUUACCAACGGUACUUCCCGUGCCCAGUGGGAGAAGAUCUCGUUGCUGCACUUGGAGAAGUUUUUCGAUGUGGUCGUGGUGUCCGGGGACCUCCCGUGGGAGAAACCGCAUCGAAAGAUUUUCCACGUAGCUUGCGAUUAUUUGGGGGUGGAGCCUCAGCAGUGUAUCAUGGUGGGGGACAAGCUGGAGACGGAUAUCUUAGGGGGACUGGAGGCGAAUCUGGGUGGGACGGUGUGGGUGCCGUUGAGCAGUAUCGAAAUGGGGGAGGAGGACCCCAGGCCCGACUACGUUCUCAAGAACGUAAUCGACCUUCCGAGUCUCUUGCCCAAAAACCCGAAAGUACCUAGGUUUAGGUCGAAGCUGAGGGUGAGCAUGCCUGAUCUGGACGACAGUAAUAGCAAUGGGAGCGACGGGAGUUAAGUCAGUACAUGGUUCAGUAUUCGUUGUGUGAAACCAAAGGUUGUGUAUAGUCGGGUUUGCCCUGACUUGUACAAUGAUUGGUACAAAAAUCUCAGCUGUUGUGAUAGUUUCGAAAUUCGCUGUGAAUUAAUGGCUGACUAGUUAGGUUAAGUAGAUCGUAAGUAUAUUUUCUUAGGAGAUUUUAAAACGAAUUGAAGCGAGGUUUACAAAUUGAGAUACGGGUUUCGUUUUUUCGUUGUGUUCACUACUUAUUUUCGUAAGACUCUGAUGAAAUGUAUUGAGAUUGAGGGGUAGGUGCAUUGUUAUUGUUGUUAGAUAGGUAUUUAAGACGAAAACAGAAGUUAUUAGUAAAGCUUUAAAAUAAUAUGUGCAAUUCGGACGAGGGUCCAUGUUGUGCAACAAUCAGACACAGAAGUCAUCUGAUGGUAAUGAAGUGCAAAUAAUAAUUAUUAUUUUCUUUUAAUAAGGAUUCAUUUAAGUUGGUGUGGGAUAUAAUAGUGUAACGAAUUUUUAAAUAACCGCUGUAUAUCAGAAUUAAUUAAGUUUUGACACAACCCAUAGUAUUACUGUAUUAUGCUAUCAACAUUCAAUACUAAGAUAGUAUCCCUAUGUACAAAUACCACAUUAAUGUAGUGUAAACAAAUGUAACAAGCGCCCAACUUAUUAGCUGUAUCAUUAUCAUCAUAUUACCUAUGCAUAAACCUUAUAUUUUCAUGUACUUUUAUAAAGAUAACAAAUCGGUAAUAAAAUGUCGCAUGAAGUA